UUCUUCAGGUUUCACGUCAGUAUUUAUCGGCCAUUUUUGGCAACUCGUCAAGAAAUUUGUAUGUUGAAGUAAUCAGUCAGGAUAUUAUUAUGUAUUCAAUAAUGUUAAAUUUUCUCAAUGUUCAGAUGCCGCCACGUAGGGAACCCGAUCAUCAGGCUCCUACUCAGGCUACGGUAGUCGCUCAGUUCCGCGACUAUCACGCCGAAAAGUUCUCAGGGCAGGGAGACCCCCGCAUCGUUGAUGAAUGGAUUCAAGGGUUAGCAUUAUCCUUGAGGUUAUGGAAUGCCCCGAUAGUCCGUGACAAGUACUACCCUUCCUACUAUCGGGCAGAGAUGGAGCGCCAGUUCUUCGCGCUUCAACGGGGCACUCGUACUGUUGAUGAGUACGAGCGAGAGUUCACUAGACUUGCAGGUUUCGCACCAGAUCUAGUUCGCACGGAGGCUCAGAGAGCGCAGCGGUUCAUUGACGGGCUUUACCCAGCAGUCCGUUAUAACAUCGUGGGACACGGCACCCAGACCUACGCUCGUGCAGUGUCUAUCGCCCAGGAGGUGGACGCUAGCAUUAGGAGGGAGGUAGUUCGUGAUUGUGCUCAGCCAUCCGACCCAGUUCAGCCAUUCCCAGCUUCACCAGCUCUACCAGCCCCACAGCCAGCCAAGGAGAAGAAGAGGAAGGGAAAGGGUGCACAGACUGACCGGAGGACCCGACAGAGACAGCAACCGAUUCCACCGUGCCCGACUUGUGGUCGACUUCAUAGGGGAGAGUGUCGUGUGGGACAGGACAUCUGCUACUAUUGCCAUCAGCCGGGACAUUUUGCGAGUCGCUGUCCGAAGAGACUCCAGCAGCAUCCUCAGCAGCCUCAGCAGCCACCACAGCAGCAGCAGCCACUGGAUCAGGCAGAGGCAGCACAGCAGCCAGGUACUAUGUCAGGGAUGGUUGUUCUCAAUGAUAUUCCUGUGUUUGCCUUAUUCGAUACUGGAGCGACACAUACUUUUAUUUCACGACGAUGUCUCGAAGCCAUCGGAGUUCACGCCGUUACCACUGUCGAUCCUCUCGAGGUGAGUUUAGCCUCGGGACGAAAGAUAGUGACCUCAGCUAAAGCCUCAGAUCUUAGCUUUUCCAUCGGUGGCCGAGUAUUGACUGCCGACGCGUUUGUUCUCGAGAUGAGGGACUUCGACCUUAUUCUUGGGAUAGAUUGGCUAUCCUUUUAUCAUGCAGACAUCAGGUGUCAUGACCGAGAGAUCACUCUCUAUCUUCCGGGAGACGAGUCGAUUACUUUCUUCGGCUCCAAGAAUCGUUCACUGCCUCAU